GACUCCCCCGCCGUGCUCGGGCGGGGCGCUGAGGAGAGGCCGGGAUACGGCGGAGAGCGGAGCGGCCGUACCCCUCGGGCAGCCGGGCCUCAGCGCGGGAUGAGCCGCCGAGCCGCCAACACCGACCCCCCCGCGCAGAUUGCCAUAUGCAAUGGACACUGAUCUCAGUUCCCAGGACAGGAAGGACCUGGACAAGUUCAUCAAAUUUUUUGCUUUAAAGACAGUACAAGUGAUUGUCCAGGCCCGACUUGGAGAGAAAAUCUGUACCCGAUCAUCCUCCUCCCCAACAGGCUCUGACUGGUUCAAUUUGGCAAUCAAGGACAUACCAGAGGUUACUCAUGAAGCAAAGAAAGCUCUGGCAGGACAGCUUCCUGCUGUUGGACGGUCUAUGUGUGUGGAGAUUUCUCUCAAAACCUCAGAGGGGGACUCCAUGGAGCUGGAGAUUUGGUGUCUAGAAAUGAACGAGAAGUGUGACAAAGAAAUCAAAGUUUCCUACACUGUUUACAACAGGUUAUCUCUACUGCUGAAGUCUUUGCUUGCAAUAACCAGGGUAACUCCAGCCUACAGACUCUCAAGGAAACAAGGCCAUGAAUAUGUAAUAUUGUACAGGAUAUAUUUUGGUGAAGUGCAACUGAGUGGCUUGGGAGAAGGCUUCCAGACAGUCCGUGUUGGGACAGUGGGUACCCCAGUGGGCACCAUCACUUUGUCUUGUGCCUACAGAAUCAACCUUGCUUUCAUGUCAACCAGGCAGUUUGAGAGGACCCCUCCUAUCAUGGGGAUUAUCAUUGAUCACUUUGUGGAUCGUCCCUAUCCCAGCUCUUCACCCAUGCACCCCUGCAAUUACAGAGCUGGUGAGGACAACAGUGCAGUAUACCCCUCAGUAGAAGAUUCUCAAGAAGUGUGUACCACAUCUUUUUCCACCUCUCCUCCAUCUCAGUGUGUUUUUACUGUCACUAAGGCACACUUUCAGACCCCUCCUCCUUUGGUGACAGACACCCUGAAAGUCCCAGUGAUGGGACCAGCCUUUUCACACCAACUUUCCAGCUCUCGUCUUUCCUAUCAGCCUGCUGCCCUGGGAGUUGGAUCAGCUGACAUGGGGUAUCCUCUACUCCUUGCUGGUGGCUUGAAUGCUGCACACCCUCACCAGUUGAUUGGUCCAGGCAAAGAGGGGGGGGUUCCCCCAAUUCCUAACCAGCCAGCACAUGGCACUCAAGCUGACCAAGAGAGGAUCUGCACCCCACUGGAUGGAGUCCACUACUCAGCAGCUACUCCUUCUAGUAGUGAGGACACAGAAACAGUAUCCAACAGCAGUGAAGGGAAGUGUGGCUCCCCACAUGACCUUCUGGAGACCAUCUUUAUCAGGAAGGUGGGAGCUUUUGUCAACAAACCCAUAAAUCAGGUGACCAUGGCCAACUUAGACAUUCCUUUUGCCAUGUUUGCUCCCAAGAAUGUUGGGCUGGAAGAUAACGACCCCAUGGUCAAUCCUCCUGACUCCCCAGAAACUGAAUCUCCUCUGCAAGGCAGCUUGCACUCAGAGGGCUCCAGUGGCAGCAGCACAGGGAACACCCAUGAUGACUUCGUUAUGGUUGACUUUAAACCAGCAUUUUCAAAAGAUGACAUUCUUCCAAUGGACCUGGGGACGUUUUACAGAGAGUUUCAGAACCCCCCUCAACUCAGCAGCCUCUCCAUUGACAUUGGAGCACAGUCUAUGGCAGAGGAUUUGGACUCAUUACCAGAGAAGCUGGCAGUCCAUGAGAAAAACGUCAAAGAGUUUGAUGCCUUUGUAGAAACCUUGCAGUGAAGCUGGUUUCCAGUUUUGCUGCAGCAGUUCUUCCUCAAGGCAUCUUGGAGAAUGAUGCCAACGUGGAUCCCUGUCGCCCCUACUCUGCCUUUUGUCUCACUCUGACUCGUUCCUUCCAACAAGUGAGCUUUCUUCAAUUGCUCUCUUCAACAGCAGAUACAGCUCAUCUGCCCAUUUUCCUCAACACCACCACUGCAUAAUUCUGGACUGCUUUUCCUGCUCACAGUCAGUUUUUAACUUAAGACUUCAGUAGGGAAGUCAAGCUGCGAUGUAUGAAAUAUUUUCUCCUCAGUCUCUGCUCUGUGUGGAGGGGCGUUGUGAAAAGUUGCCAUGUGCUUCCUCCAAAGGUCCUAUGGUGUAAAUUCCCUAGGUAACUUCUUGCUAACAGACUUUUUCCUGAAUGCUGUUAGAGCACAGAAAGCUUUGGUUCGUUUUUCAGGGUCCGUGAGUUCAGCAGGCUCACGAGUUUUAACUCCAGGACAUCCAUUCCACAGAACGGGGGCAUUUCAUCCUGACUUCAGUGUGAGUGCCUGGAGCCCAGGGAGAGACAUCAUCCUCGGGACCUGUGUAACACAAGUUACCUUCUCCUCCUUCUAAGGAGCUGGGUCUCUAGACAGUCACUUUGUACGAGGCCUUCUGUUACUCUGGCUGAUAAGCAGGAGUGAAACUACAGAAGUGCUUUCCAUGUUUCCUUCCCGAGUGCACUGACACUCGGCCAUGCUGAGUUUACCAGUGUUGACUGUUGGCAAGCCUGCACCUAGCAGCUGUGAUGAUGCUGAAUUCAUAGUCUCUGCUUUUGAAAUUAACUGUAAAUACUAGAAAUCCUAUUUCUUUAGGGUUAUGUAACUAGCAGUCUUAGUCUAAGAUUCUUUCCUCUAGCCCUUCCAAAUCCUCCUGCUUUAUGGUUAAUAGAUGAUCUUAAGAAUCAAGAAAUAUUUAUUGCUUUCAAAAAAAAACCUCUAUUUAAAAGAUGUUGUUUUCAUGUAGUAGUGUGGGUCAUUCUGUCCUGGAUCACUGCAGACAGCAAGUGUGCCAUGGAACCCUGGCCAGUGAGACUGGUCUCUGUCUCUUUGCAGGAUAUUUAUUUUCUAAGGCAGACUUAAGUAUUCUAAUAUAAUACUCUGUUUUGGGGACUAUGUGUCCAUUACAUCCUGUCAGGGCCCACUGAUAGAAUGAAAUGUACACAUCAGUGGAGUGGGGUGGCAGGGACUUGGUGAAAAGCUGUAUUCUGUUAGGUGUGGAUAAAUUUGCAGUGCCAUUCAGAAGGCAGCUUUGUUAGAGCAGCACAUUUUGGAGAGCUUACGGUACUUUUUAGUCAGCUGGCUUUUUAUUAGCUGAAAUUUUAUUUUUGUAAUGAGCUGGCUAUCAACAGCAUGACUGGCUGGCAGUGCAGUGUGGCUGAUUCAGCUGUUGUGUGUCUUCUGCCUGGUGUAAGAACGGGAGGAGAAACAGUGGCACUAAACAUAAACUUAGAUAAGACAGGUCUUGUGGUUUCUCUUUCCUUCUCUCUCCAGUGAGCAACUGCAAGACCCCUGACUGUCCUAAAACACUCUUCUCUUCUUUCUGCAGAAGUGGGGUUGUGUUGCCUCAGUGCUGAGGAACUUUAUUUCCUUACGGUGACUUAAGUAACCAGCCUUCUGGUCAGUGUGAUGUGGCAGCUUCUACAACUUUGCUGCAUUCUUAAUUGAAAGAGAUUACUGGCAGAUGACAAGAGAACCCCACCUCACUAGAACACUAUUUCUAUACCACUUCAAGAGCAAGGAACCAAGCUGAGAGCUUACUGUAAGGUCAGAGCAAGACAAUGCUUUGAACUUUAACAACUUCCUUUCUGUUGAGUGAUGUAUUUGGUGGGAGGACACGUGAGCUCUAAAAGUUGAGAGAUUUAUUGAAGAGAAGCUGCUCACCAGAGCCCUUUAAGCUCACUCAACCAGUGCAACUUUUCAGCAACCUCACACAGAAAUUGCUCAGUCCUUGCAAAAUAGGGUGCACAGACAUUUAAGAAAGCUUCCAAGAAAAGCAGCUUGCAAGAGGGCUUAAGUUACGUGAGUUUUAACAAAUAAAUACUUGAUCCCCACAGCUAAGGCAAUCUUGGUUUACAGGUGGAAAGGGUCAUAGAAGGGUGCAGGAACACAAGGAAUUAAUGGCUUAACUUGCUCUCACCUCUGCUCAGGAAGUUGGUCUCUGCAUUCUUGUUGAAAGCAGCUCAGAGGUUGUUGCUGUUGCCUCCCUCUUAACAUACAGCCUGUGCUUGGGAAAGUGACAGGAUCUGGGCUGCAAAGCAGCAGAGAUGAGGUAAAGUGCUGGUUCACACUUCAUGAAGAAGAUCAGAGCUGGUUGAACUUCAUCUAACCAGUGCUACUGCUGUCCUCCCACUGACAAGUGGUGGAGCUGGCAGAAGCCAUGCUAUCCUUGCUCAUCCUCUCCAGGAGGUCCCCAGAGCCAAAUAUUUCUGCAUAUUUGCUGAUGCAGUUCCUAACAUGGCUACAGCUCCCACAUCCCAUAAGGCAGACCAUCAGUGUGGCAUGGUUUUUUCUACUUCAGAAGGCUGAAAAAUUGCCUAUAUAAGCUGCUAGUGUUGAGCUGGAUGACCAUAGCAAUAAAGAGAUUCUCUAGGGCUGAGUUAUGUGCCUCUUUUCUGGACAUUCCUUGGCUUCAACACAUAGUUGCUACAUCUAGGCUCUGAGUUCCCUGACCACUGCUCUGCUUCAGGAAAGCUCGAGCUGCUGCUGUGGCCUGCCACAGAUUGUGUUAUGAAGGCUGUUUCUUUUAUCACCUGUCUGCUCAGUUCUGUGUUAAGGACAGUAUGUUUGUAGCUGCUGAUUUACAGAUACUUUGGGUGAAGGGGAAGGUUCCUAAGUUUUAUUGUUUUGGAAAUAGUCUCCAAUGUACUUCAAGUAUUCAAAGAAUUUCCAAUAAAACUUUUACAUAAGGAA